CUGGACGGCCCAACAGAGGUAAAGCUUGGUGCCGUACAGAAUGCGCAUUCCAGGAGAGAGCUGAACUGCGUUGGUAUCAUGGGUCGCAAAAGGAAGUAUGGCGAGCAAGCCGUCGAUGGCGCUGCUGUCACUGGCGGCGCAGGUGGAGGGCGGCAAGCAGAAGCUGCUGCUGUGGGCACAGAACUGGAUGAUGAUGACAACUGGAAUGAUCGACAGCAGCCCACGCAUGUCGCUUUAGCGCCAGGUUCUGGAAUGAUUCAAGAAGGAGGAGGUUCAGCUCCUACUUCGCUUGAAAGAACCCAAACUUUGUCUGCUCUCGCGUCAGAUCAGCGAAAGGAAAGCCGAAGAAAAGGACAUGAUCGCGGUACGCCCGGUCGCCAACGUGAGGCAAGCGAUGCUAAGGGUGGCAAGGGGAAGGGCAAAGCAAAAGCAAAUCAAAACAUGGAAAAUACUAAAGCGCUGCAGGAGCCGCCAAUACCCAAGACAGCACCAAAUUUCGAUGCGUUCAGCACGCUCAAUAACAUGCUGCAGUCCGCCAUGGUGCUCACUCUGCAGGCCUUCAUGUACCGUGCGAAUCCGACAGCUCCCAAAAAAGUGGAGCACAAAGAUAGUCAUGGAGAAAAUGCGGCACAAUCGAAGACACACAAGUAUGAUGCGACGAGCGAUCACUUGGCCGAGCUAGCUCGAAGGCGUGUCGGCGAGAUGAAAGCGCUGGCUCGGAAAGCUGUUAUCUCCUUGGAUCCCUCAAUCAAACGGUCAAUUUGCAAACGAUGUGACACUCUGCUACUACCAGGCAUCACAGACGAAGUGCGCGUCAACGAAUCGAAGGCGCAUGGAAGCGUCGUGCAGCAUACUUGCGCGCACUGCGGCUUCAAGCGACGCUUACCUGCACCGCCUGCCGGCACAGUCAUGGAUGGAGCCACGAGCAGCUGUAGUCAGAACCGUCGCAGCGAUGAUGCUAACGGAUGCGCCUUUGAAUUCGACCGUGGAGAGACAGCAGACGAAGGAACAGAAGGACCGCAGGCACAAGCUGAGAAUCAGGAAAUCCCCGAGAUGGGCAUGGAAACAGAUGUGGGCUCCGUUCAGCCGACCAGUGGCACGUCAGUGCAUGUCGCUGGAGCGCACGCCCAUAUCAAACCCACGCAAACGGAGGGUCUCCCAGUCUUCGGCCUAGGUGCUGCUGCUACUGCACCGACCGCUCAUCACACUGAAGGGAGAACAAGCAAGAAUCGGAUACCGCAGCGUCAGCGUCGCAAGGCGGGUAAUCUUGCAGACCUCGUCUCACGUCGGAUUCAACAAGAAGCGUCCUUGCUGCGAGUAGCUGAUGUUCCACAUGGUACCCACUCCAGCAGCGCCACUGGCACUACUAGCGAUGAAGGAGGGAAGAAGGGAAAGAGAACGAGCAAUUCAAAAGUGAUGGCCUGUGACUCUUUGUUGCAAGCUUCACUGCAACCUACAGGUCCCCUACCUGAGACCCUGGAGCGUGGAAUCCAGCGCGCAAGGCGGGCUCUGUUCCCACCUGGCAAAUCUAGAGAACAGCAAGAGCCUGCAGCCUCCCGCUCUCAUCGAAAAUCGAAUGAUACUCUGCUUCUCAAGAUCUAUGGACAACCAGGUCGAGCGCCAGGCCCAACCAAUAACGAGAAGCGCAAGAUCGCAGCGCUCGAGCGGCGUCGUCGUAUCGCGUGCGGAUCUCCUGGAAACACCAACAAUACAGCGACAAUGAAGCAGACAGCAAAGGCGCCACACAAUGAGACCGAACACAAUACCAGAAGCAGCCGGCUCUCCCUUGGGCUGCCGCCAUUCCAUGAACGAAUCAAAGGCUCAGGUUGGGCGAACCGAGUGCCGGAUCAUGUGCUCGGCGGCGCUGACGGCAACAGUAGCGAAAUACAGAGGUUGGGACGCGAGGAAGUCGCCGCAAGGAAGCUUCACGGUGGGCAUGUCAUGAUAACUGGCCGAGAGCCCGCAUGAGAUGCUCCUGAAGCGGAGCAAGAACUCAUCAUGAAUUCGCGUAUAGAGCUCGUAUAUCUGUAAUCAAAUGCUGCAACUGGCU